AUCCAUGUUCGGCCAAAAGAAAAAAAUGAAGCUGUCAUUCGCUCUGGCUCUGUGAACUGUCGGUCAUCUAUAAUAAUUUAUUUAGAUGUUCGAAUGUUUUAAAAGCUAAGAGAUUAAAAUGAAUUCACACAACUAAUUCAUUACUGGAAAUAGAAGAUAUAAAUAAACGUUACAAGUGAUAAAUAAUAGUUAGAGAUGUCAAAACAGUAUUUUAUUACGCUGACGCUGUUACUGACGCCGAAUAUUUUGCUAUGUGCAUCGGCGGCCGUACACAGCCACAGCGUGGAUAAAACGGAACGAGAGGCGGACGGCGCGUACCGGCCGCGAGACUACGAUCACUACAAUGACGAGGGACACAACGUGGAAUUCGACCACGAAGCGAUUCUAGGUAGCGUGAAGGAGGCUGAGGAGUAUGACAAGCUCAGCCCCGAGGAGGCGAAGCAGCGCCUCGAGCAACUUCUGCCGAAGAUGGACGUGAACGGUGACUCGUACAUCUCAAACUACGAGCUCAAGGCGUGGAUCAUAAAAUCAUUUAAAAAAUUAUCACAAGAGGAAGCAGAAGAGCGUAUGGAAGAGGCUGACAUCAAUCAAGAUGGAGUUGUCACUUGGGCGGAGUACUUGAAGGAUGCCUUUGGUGUGUCUGCUGAGGAGGAAAUCGACCCUGAAGAUACAGGGGACACUGGUUUGCUGGUUCGCGAAGAGCAAGCAAUGUGGGCAGCUGCGGACAAGAAUGGUGACGGAGAACUGGACUUUCAGGAAUUUACGGUGUUCACGAACCCUGAGGAGCACGUGGAAAUGCACGAGCUUCUUAUCAAUCAGACGUUACGCGAAAAGGACCGCGAUGGGGACGGGAUGGUCAGCUUUGAUGAGUACCUCGGGGAUAGAGGGUCGCAGCAGGACAAGGAGUGGUUGAUCGCAGAGAAAGACAAGUUCGACCACGAACUCGACCGCGACCGCAACGGGUUGCUUUCGCCACAAGAGCUGCACCGCUGGCUCGUGCCUGACAACGAGGAGAUAGCGGACGAGGAAGCGGCCCACCUGGUGGCCUCGGCCGAUGACGACGGUGACGGUAAGCUGUCGUACCGCGAGGUGCUGAGGCACCACCGCGUGUUCGUGGGCAGCGACCCCGCGCUCGAUCAGUCGCAUUUCGAGGAUGAGUUGUAGACACCUAGGUACUGACGAGAGGCCUAACGCCUGGGCCUGCGUCGCCUGGGUACACAGAACUAGACCAAAUCUUCUGAACCUCGGAUAGAUAAAGGAAAUUGAGUAUCUUCGAGAAUAUUAGUACUUAAUAAUUUUGAAAUAAAUCAUAACUGCAUGUAAUUGUUUAAAUAGUAAUAGGUAAAUUUGUCAAACCCAAUGUCUUUUCCCUUUAAAACUCCAUAGAAGUAUACUUCAACAAUGUGUAAUUGCCGACUUGGCAGCUCAUUGGAGUUGUGAAUAUAGGUAAAGUUAUAAAUGCUGUUUAAUUGUAACCCCUUUAUCUUCUGAUUUACGAAUUUAAUAGACUAUUUCUAUUCCUAUUUGAAUAAAUUUAUUUCUAAUA